AUGUCAACCGCCCAUGCAUUAGCCUGUGCAAACACCAUUAGAUCUGCUUGCAUUCACAAGCUAGUGUGUCAGAAUAGUCAUGGCUAGUAUCUGCUUGGUAUUACUCACUAUUGUCUUAGUUGGACAUAUACUCGCGGACGGGCAAGUGUGUAAUACUGGAACUGUAAUGCUAGUAGAAGGUGAGUAUGGUUUCCUUAUGAAAGAGUAUGUCCAGUACUGCCAUGAUGGAGAAUGGCAUUGGCUGUGUGCUGGUGGUGGAAGCUGGGCGAGAGUGGAGGCCAAUGUUGUGUGCAGACAACUGGGACUCAGCGGCCAUGGAGCCAAUAAAGGAGGAAGUACAACAGUACCAGCUGAUCAACACCCCUUUGCCUACUUCAUAAUUGGUGGCACAUGUACUGGAAGGGAAUAUGAUAUAGGAGAGUGUAAGGGCAUUAGUUAUCCCAGUACAUGUGAUGAUAAUAGUAGAAAAGGAUGGGUAGACUGCCAACCAGCUAAUUGCACUAAUGGAACAGUGAGGUUGGUGGGUGGUUCCACUAACAGAGAGGGACGAGUGGACGUCUGUACACAGGGACAUUGGGCAUCCAUCUGUUACAAUGAAGAUCUAGAACUGGCAGGCAUCAUUUGCAAAAUGUUAGGAUUUCCAAUGCAGGGAGCAAUGGCGAAAAGUACUACUUCUAUUGAUCCAAAAGUUAACUGUACAGUGACAGAUGAUGGCACCACCCUGAACUGUGUAGACACUAUACAGUCGCACAUAUGUGAUAUUCCAACAAGCUGGAAGUGCUAUAAUUUUUUCCUCAGUAACAGAAUUCUAACGAAAGUGAAUGAGAGUUACAAUGGGACAUUCCUAAAACAACCAAACGUAAGCUCACAAGAUCCUAACUACGAUACUGUGACCACAGGAGAUGAAGCCGUUGGUGAUUAUGCUGUCAUUGAUAAUUUCAAGCCCAAGCCGAGAACACUCCAGAUAUCCAACCCACACCAGUGACGGUGGAAGCCAGUAAUUAAGGAGAAAAGGAGUUAACAGUCAUGACUAUAGUUGCAGAGACGCAUAAUACAAGCAACUUAUAUACGAAACUAAAACAUUUGUGUAUGAUUAAUUAUUAUAUAAAACUGAUUGCAUGUAAAUGCACAAUAACAUUAAUUAGUUCAAUUUAUACUAUCGCUCUUUAGGCCAUCUGUGAACCGAACCAUUAAA